CACUCACUCACUCACUCUCUCUCUCUUUUCCGACGGCCCCUCCUCUACCUAACCCUCCUUCGUCAGCUCCGCCCUCAAUUCUCAAACCCCCGCUACUCAAAAUGAGCGUCACGUUGCACUCGGUCUCGCUCUUAAACCCUAACCCUAGCUCCACCUCUCGCUUCAAAAACGCCGCCACUCCACUCGCCUUGUCUUCGCGGCGGUUCGAUCAAUUCCUCAACCGUCGCGGUUAUGGAGUAGCAGCUCCGAAAGGUCUCGGCUGCGGCGGCGGCUCAGUCUCUCUCCACCGCCGGAGCUUGUGGUGCCGGCCGAUUGUGGCCGUCGCUGCCUCGCAAGAUGACUCGAAGCAUUCAGAGAUUGAGGUUGAGAAGGAAAAGGAAAAUGCCAAGUUGAAAGUGGAAGAAUCUGAAGAAGCUUGGGAACAGACUCUGGCUUCUUUCAAAGAACAAGCUUUAAAGAUGCAAAGUGUCUCUCAGGAAGCGUAUGAGAUAUACUUCAAGAAAUCUUUAGUAAUUUUGAAGGGGACGUCCGAGCAGUUGAAGAUACAGGCUGAUAAGGCAAGGAAUGAUUUGACUGAGAUUGCUAAGGAGAUUGGUGAAGAAGGUAAAGUGUAUAUCUCCACAGCCGCAAAGAAUUAUCCCGAGCCGUUGAAGGAAAUUGUUGAAACGUUUCAAACUUCAUCUGAUGAUCUCAAUGACGUCACUAAAAUCCGUGACUUUCAUGUCGGGAUACCAUAUGGUUUGGUUCUGUCCCUUGGUGGCUUCCUCUCCUUCAUGGUAACUGGAAGUGUUGCUGCAAUUAGGUUUGGGGUUAUCUUUGGUGGUAUCCUUUUGGCUCUGAGUGUUUUGAGUUUGAGAUCAUAUAAGCAAGGAGAAACUUUUCCUUUGGCCUUGAAAGGGCAGACUGGUAUUGCCAGUAUAAUUUUUCUGAGGGAGGCACGCCUACUGUCUCAGAGAUCAUGGAUUCCGUAUCUGUUGACAACCCUUGUCAGCGGAGGUAUUGCAGCUUUCUAUGUCUAUAGGAUUGUACAGAAUGGUAAACACCAAAAAGAUUCAAGCUUUGAAUGAGACAGAUGUUGGACUAUGUGCAAGCAAAAGAGAAGUAAUUAUCCAAGGGUGCUCUGGGCUAGGACGUUUGCUGAGUUAAAGUUUCUCUGGUCAAAUACGUGUGCAUCUGAAGCUGUUGAGAACGAGGCAUUACAAGUUUUAGAUAGCUGUCAUUUCUUUUUGCAAUUCGUAAUUGUAUUGAACUCUGAGCACCGGCGCAGCCAUGGUGAAGAAGAGCAAUAAAGAUGUACGAUGAUUUCAAAGUAAUUGCAUCAGAAAUUCAACA